AUGGGGGCAGUUUUAGGACAAUAUGAUGAAGAUGGUAAGAAAGAUCGGGCUAUUUACUAUGAAUCAAAAUACUCAACAUUAGAGAAAACAUGCCUUGCUCUUGUCUGGGCUACUCAACGGCUUAGACAUUACAUGUUAUCUCAUUCGGUGCAAUUGUUAUCAAGGAUGGACCCACUUAAAUAUCUAUUUGAAAAGCCAAUAAUCUCAGGGAGAACGGCCAGGUGGCAGUUGUUGUUAGAAGAAUUUGAUAUCACUUAUCUGAUACAAAAGUCAAUAAAAGGAAGAGCAAUACCAGAUCACUUAGCAGCGCAACCUAUCCCGGAUUGCGAGACACUCAUAACAGAAUUUCCCGACGAACAUAUCCUUGUUGCUGAACAAGAUGAUGAAGGUGAAUUGUGGAAGAUGUAUUUUGAUGGAGCAAUGAACCCAGUUGGUAAAGGAGCAAAGGCAAUUUUGAUAUCUCCUGAUGAGGUACGCAUUCCAAUUUCUAUUCAAUUGAAUUUCAACUGUACUAACAAUAUGGCUAAAUAUGAAGCAUGCAUUGAUGGAUUGAGAGAUGCCUUGGAGUUAUCAGUCAAGAAGUUGGAGGUAUAUGGAGAUUCUUUGCUGAUUGUCAACCAAACACAGAAAGUCUGGAAGAUCAAGGAAGAAAAGCUAGUUUCAUACCAUGAAUGCCUCAUGAAGCUGGUGGAGAAGUUUGAUUGCAUUACUUUUCAUCAUCUCUAUAGAUACAACAAUCAGUUUGCAAAUGCAUUAGUUGCUUUAGCAUCACUAAUCCCGAUCCAAGGAGAUUCCACAGUCAAACCCAUCGAGGUGGCGCGAAGAGAGCAACCAGCUUACCGUUACGCGGUUGAGAUCGAAGCAGAAACACCCGACGGAGUCCAUGGUACCAUGAUAUCAAGAAUUACUUAUAGUAUCAGACGAUGCCAGACGGGUUGA